AUGUCAUCACUAUCUUCUGACCUUUCUGGGAUUGCUGACAUCUCAUUUCGCAAAGAAAGCAUUUGUGAAGAGCCGACACCUGUUGACAACGAAGUUUCGGAAAUUAUCGCUCGACAUCGAUCAAAUGAACCCAACAGCACGCGUUCUGAUGAAAUAGCUGCAGCAAUUGCGCAUUGUAAAGAUCGGCUAAAGGAACGCAUGUCGGAGAGAAAUUCGCCAAUCAAACAAAUGUACCUUGACAAACUGGUUCAACUCAAUCUUGAGAAGCAAACGCUUGAGGUUAGUCUUUGUGUUACGAGUUUUUCAUUCUUAUUAUUCGAAAUCAAUCCUUUUGUUGAAAAUGCUGGCUACGCGGAGGACACAGUGGUGAAAGUCCUCGGCCAUGAGUUUAAGAUCCAGAAAAGCCAUGGACGUCGAAACCCAUACUGCGAAGUAUGUAUGGGUACCAUCUGGCGUGUGGUUCAGUCAUGGCGGCGUUGCAAAGUGUGCGGUAUCCGUGUUCAUGACAAGUGUGCCACCGAGGUGCGUCGAGUCUGUGCGGGCGUCGCAGCGUCACGACGUGAUUUCCGGUUGGCAACGGCGAUCUGUGAAGAACGAGGAUUGUGUGCGCAGAACUAUGCAUGUGCAGAGUGUGAGGCGCCGCUUUCUUACGGUGAGUCUCUUCAAAUACGGCGUUUUGUUUUUGCAGUUAAGCCUUGCUGCACAUGUUUCGAUUUUUUAACUUUGUGAUU